UAAUUAAAUUUUAUCUUGAAAAUCUCAAGUUUGCAGAUGCCUAAGAAAUUAAUGAAAAAGUAUUCUUUCUUUUUCUUGGUAUAGUUGAAUGCUCAUAUUUAAUUCAUAGAACCACAUGCUUGAAUGUGCAGAUCAAUUCCUGCAAUGGAAGGCAUUGUGGAGAUACUUUUACAGGUCCCAAUAAGCCUUACAAGCCUUCCUUGUGGACUGAGAACUGGACAGCUCAGUGAGUAUACUACCAUGUCAUUGAACAAAUCAAAAGUCUUAAUGAAGCCCAAAGGAGGAGAGAAAAGAACAAAAAUGCAGAUUAUGGUACAGAGCGUUUGGAGACCCACCAUCUCAAAGAUCAGCAGAAGAUAUUGCCUACUCAGUGGCUCGUUUCUUCUCAAGGAACGGAACUCUGGCCAACUAUUACAUGUACCAUGGAGGCACAAACUUUGGUAGGACAUCUGCUCACUUCACAACUACUAGAUACUAUGAUGAGGCUCCUCUUGAUGAAUAUGGUUUGCAAAGGGAACCUAAAUGGGGCCAACAUUUGUGCUGCUUUUCUGGUAAACAACAACACCAAGAUACCACAAACUGUUAACUUCAAGGGCAAGAAUUACAUCAUUCCCCCACGUUCCAUUAGCAUCCUCCCUGAUUGCAAGACCGUGGUUUACAAUACUGAGACGAUAGUUGCACAGCAUAAUUCAAGGAAUUUCAUGAGAUCAGAGAUCGCAAACUGGAAUAUCAAAUGGAAGAUGUACAAAGAAGUUAUCCCAAGCCAAUUUUCUUUGAAGUCUAUCAGGCCAUACGAGCUCUUUGGAUUGACUAAAGAUACUACCGACUAUGCUUGGUACUCCACAAGUAUUGAACUGGAUCGAGCUGACUUGGCAGUGCGAAAAGAUAUAGCUCCAGUCAUAAGGAUUCCAAGUCUUGGUCACGCAAUGAUUGUUUUUGUUAAUGGUGAAUACCUAGGAUCUGCGCAUGGGAACCAUGAUGUGAAGGGCUUUGUCUUCCAAAACGAAAUCACGUUAAAACCUGGGGUCAACCAGAUUACUCUCUUAUGCAGUACUAUGGGAUUCCCAGAUAGUGGACCCUAUAUGGAGCGUGUAUAUACUGGGCCGAGGGCUCUGCAGCUGCUAGGUUUGAAUACUGGGAAUCUUGACCUGACAUUUAAUGGUUGGGGACAUCAGGUUGGUUUGGAUGGAGAAAAGCUUGGCUUGUUUUCUGAGGGUGGGUCACAGAAGGUCGAAUGGACAAAAGCUAAUGGAGUUGGACCACCUCUUACAUGGUACAAGGCAAGGUUUGAUGCACCAGAAGGAAAGAAUCCAGUGGUUAUUCAAAUGACCGGUAUGGGCAAAGGUAUGGUUUGGGUCAAUGGCAACAGCAUUGGCAGACACUGGAUGUCUUUUCUUUCUGCUCUUGGACAGCCCUCGCAGUCAGAAUAUCAUAUCCCAAGAGCUUACGUAAAGCCCAAAGACAAUCUCUUGGUUAUAUUCGAAGAGGAGGCAGUGGAUCCAAAAGCAAUAGAGAUCCUAGUUGUUGACAGAGAUACCAUCUGCAGCUUCAUGACAGAGUUGCACCCACCUCAUGUGAAAUCAUGGGCAAGACAGAACAGCCAUAUGCGCCCCGUGGUAGAUAUUGUGAGACCAGCAGCCCAUCUCAAGUGUCCAAAUCACAAGACGAUACUGGCUGUGGAGUUCGCAAGCUGGGGUGAUCCAUAUGGCGCCUGUGGAAACUACUUUGUUGGAAACUGCUCUUCCCCCAUCUCAAAGGAGGUUGUUGAGAAGCGUUGUUUGGGAGAGACUGAAUGUGAGAUACCGAUUGAAAGAAAACUCCUUGACAUGAACAAUGACGGUUGCCCGGAUAUCACCAAGACACUGGCAGUUCAAGCAAAGUGCGGCUUCAAUGAGAACUAGAGAAAGAUCAGAGGGACCUUAUACUUCACAGGGUGUUAUUACAAUCAUGAGUUUCAUGUUUAUAAACCUCAUUGUUUCAUGUUUAAAGAAGGUGUCGGAAUUCUUUCACCUUCAUGUAAAC